AUAUGAUGAUGAACGAAGCUAAUUAAAACUAUUGGCCGAGUCAAAACAAUUGUAUUAUUAUUUUAUUAACAAUUAAUAAUUAACAAUAAUUACCCAUAAUUAUUACCUAUAUAUUAAUUGUUUUUCGCUGUGUUCAUUCUUCUGCAUCAAUCGACAAGCAGCAGCAAGUAGAUUCGCGAUAGAGUUAUGGAUUCUCAAAGCAAUUAUCAGAUGAAGGUGGUCACAGGAGAGUUCGGAUACAUCCUUCAGGAUGUGCCUCAUCUCGCCGAUUACAUCCCCGAUCUCCCUACUUAUCCCAAUCCGUUGCGCUCCAAUCCUGCAUAUUCAGUCGUUAAGCAGUACUUUGUUGACAUGGACGAUAGUGUUCCUCAAAAGAUUGUUGUUCACAGGGAUACUCCAAGAGGGGUACAUUUUCGGAGAGCUGGACCACGUCAAAAGGUUUGUUUUGCUUCAGAGGAAGUGAAUGCUUGUAUUGUUACAUGUGGAGGUUUGUGUCCUGGGCUAAACACGGUGAUCAGGGAAAUUGUACAUAGCCUUGAUUAUAUGUAUGGAGUCAGUGAGGUCCUCGGAAUUGAUGGAGGCUAUAGGGGUUUCUAUUCAAAGAAUACCAUUCCUUUGACACCGAAGACUGUAGAUGACAUACAUAAGCGUGGUGGGACCAUCAUAGGAACUUCUCGAGGUGGUCAUGAUACCAUGAAGAUCGUUGACAGCAUUCAGGACCGUGGAAUUAAUCAGGUUUAUAUAAUUGGAGGAGAUGGCACUCAGAAAGGAGCAGCAGUAAUAUAUGAGGAAAUCCGUAAGCGGGGUCUUAAGGUUGCUGUUGCUGGGAUCCCUAAGACAAUUGAUAAUGACAUUCUGGUUAUUGACAAGUCAUUUGGUUUUGAUACUGCUGUAGAGGAAGCUCAACGCGCUAUUAAUGCUGCACAUGUUGAGGCUCAGAGUGCAGAAAAUGGAAUUGGUGUUGUGAAACUAAUGGGUCGCUACUGUGGAUUUAUUGCAAUGUAUGCUACUCUGGCUAGCCGAGAUGUUGACUGCUGUUUGAUUCCAGAAUCACCAUUUUAUCUAGAAGGACAAGGGGGACUUUUUGAAUAUAUUGAGAAAACACUUAAAGAAAAUGGACACAUGGUCAUUGUUAUCGCUGAAGGAGCAGGUCAGGAACUUCUUGCUGCUAAAGAUGAACAGGAUGCUUCAGGGAACAAGCUACUUCAAGACGUCGGGCUGUGGAUUUCUCAGAAAAUAAAGGACCACUUUUCGAAGCAAGGAAAACUUCCAAUUACUCUAAAAUACAUAGAUCCAACGUACAUGAUCCGUGCUAUUCCUAGCAAUGCAUCUGACAAUGUGUACUGCACACUCCUUGCUCAAAGUGCUGUUCAUGGAGCAAUGGCAGGUUACACCGGUUUCAUAAGUGGGCUUGUCAAUGGCCGCCAUACGUACAUUCCUCUCAAUCGUAUAACUGAAGGACAAAACAAGGUUGUCAUAACCGACAGAAUGUGGGCAAGGCUUCUCUCUUCAACUAAUCAACCGAGCUUUGUGGAAACCAAGGAUCUCAAUGAUGAUGAUGUCAGAAAAGAUGACGCGCCUCCAACUCAAAUGCUGGAUGAUGCAGGGAGCUCUGGAGAUGGGAUAACAGGUAAUAACAAUACCAUCACAAAAUGAAAUAAAAAACACUUUGCAGUAGGCCUCUUGAAACUGAUCCCUGUGACACCUGGCAAAGUAUGAGACGUGUACUAAAUAUAAUAUUGGAUUGAUGGGAUCGUGUAGGAACAAGUUUCAAGUUUAUCGAUCUGUAAGGAUGCCUUAGCUGCGGGCAGUGACAAUUUAAUCUUGAUUUUUUUUUAAUUAGAGAUAUGCAAUUUAAAAAGUGAUUCAUUUAUUUGUAUUUUCUUUCAGUGACGAUAAAUUGAUAGUUAAAUUAUAUGGCUGUGAG